CAGCAAGUUUUUGUGUGUUUGCAUCCUCGUUGAGAGGAUUUGGUGUUUUCUUUAAUGGUUUUGUUGACAAGUUCGAUUCCAGUUCAUCUUUAACCUCAUCUAUAACUGGUAUUCUGCAUGCAACAUACAGUAUUUCUACCCUUCCAGUGCUUACAAUUGGUCUUCGGUUUUUAUCAACCAGACAGUGUUUAAUGAUAGCUGGUGUUUUGUCCAGUGCGGCUUUUAUUGGUGGGAGCUUUGCAACCAACACAACAACAUUACUUUUUACAAAUGGGUUUUUAUCAGGUCUAGCGUUUUCAUUUUUACAUGGACCACUAGCUUAUUUGAUCGGCAUCUACUUUAUCAAACGACGAAAUUUAGCCCAGGCAAUAACUAUAUCCGGUGGUCAGCUAGGAGGUCUACUUUUCCCUCCACUUUAUGGAUAUUUAAUCAGAGAGUAUGGAUUACAGGGUGGAAUGCUUCUUACUGGAGGAAUUCAUCUAAAUAUAAUUGCUUUGGCAAUUCUGUUAAGGCCAAAAAGAAUCAACAUUAUGACGACAAUUCAAGAGACACGAAACAGUCAGCAUUUUAGAACAUCAAAUAUAGCAGAAAGAAAACAGAUGAUUCUAAACGAUGAAGAUGAAAUGAUGGCUUCAAAUGGAAUGCUCAAUGAAAUGAAACGAAGUUUUAGUGAAAGUCUUUUAAAAAAAGUCGUAAAACACGAGCCAGUGGCAAAUCAUAUACUGUGUAAUUCAGAUCUGCAUAUGACCAAACAUACCAGAGAUCGAAUAAUAACUGAAAAAUAUGUCGAUAGUUUGUCACGUUCCAACAUACUUAGUAUUGUAAGCAAUUCAUUGCCAGUUUUGAGAGUUAGUAAUAGAUCGCAAAUUCUGAUAAAAAGGGAAGCGAAACAAAGUUGCUGUCAAUUUGUAGAUAAAAGUGUGAUGGAAGCGCCAUUCAUGUGGAUUUAUGCGUUGGUUUAUUGCUUCGGGAGAGUGCCUAAUGCAUACAACAGUAUUUAUAUUGCGCCGCUUGCACACGAAUCAGGCAUUAGCGAUAGCAGAAUUGCAGAUCUUGUUUCGCUAAUUAAUGCAUGCGAUUUUAUUGGAAUGAUUUUAUGUGGUUUCGUAGCAGAUAGAAAACUUUUGGAAAACUAUGUCAUUGUCAUAUUAUAUUUGUGUUUCACUGGUGUGUGUUUGUCUCUCUCAUCAUUAUGUUCAGCAUAUUGGCAUUUUAUACUAUUUUCUAUUGCGACUGGUAUUAGUGCUGGGGGAAUAUUUGCAUUGACGCCAACAGUGGUGGCAGAUUUUAUGGGAAUAGAAAAUUUUAGAUCUGCUAUGGGUAUUCUAGUUCUAUUUCAAGGAGUAAGUUUGGCAGCUUCUGCACCAUUCCUUGGAUAUUUAAAAGAUAGGAGUGGAACAUACGUUACAUCAUUCUAUUUUUUGGGUGGAUGUGAUAUACUUUCUGCCUUUAUUUUUACUCUUGGUCUUGUAUACAUUAGGAAACUCAAAAAGAAAAGUGUUAGUGAAUAAACUUUGAAAUUUUUUUUUGUACAAAAGCAAUGUCGAACAACGUAUGGCAUCAGUGAAUUGUUACGAUUUUUUACAAUCGCAAACAGAUGAGAUCGGAAAUUGAUUUUCAUUGCAAAAUAGUAUAGUCAUUUGAAUUAUGAAUAAAGAUACAGUAA